AAUCUGGCCCGCAAGCUGGAUCAAAGCUGAUUGGCUGAGCCUGCGGGGGGCGUUAUUUGAAUUUCAGUCUGGAGUGUGUGGCGUUUGUAGCUUUUCGGGUAGUUAUAUCGGCUUCGAGUAUUUCAAGUUGAGAAGUGGUGUUGAACCCAACAGCAAUGCGUCAUAAUUUAUCUGCCAGCCGUCGGAAGGGUAAAACCCCUCAACGGCGCCCCCAAGUGCCAGCCCAAAGGACCUCCAGUGUAACAGCCCAAAGGACCUCCAGUGUAACAUCCCCAAGUCGCAGUGGAGUUCCAGGACAGCCUCCUGUUUCCCCCAAGAAGAGGAAAUUUCGACCAGGAACCAGAGCUUUGAUGGAGAUCCGCAAGUACCAGAAAAGCACAGAUCUCCUCCUUAGAAAGGCGCCCUUUGCCCGUUUGGUUCAUGAGGUGUGCCAAAGCUUUUCUAGAGAAAGGCUUCGAUGGCAGGUUUAUGCUCUUCUGGCCCUCCAAGAGGCUGCAGAGGCUUUUCUCGUCUUGAUAUUUUCAGAUGCCAACCUGUGUGCCAUCCACGCCAAGAGAGUCACUGUAUUCCCUCGUGACAUUCAGCUAGCCCGGAGGAUCCGUGGGGUGGAUAAUCUGUAAUUCUUAAUCCUAUAACAGAAAUACAUUUGUUUCAUUUUGAUUUAGUUUAAAUUACAACUGUUAUAUUAAAGGUUUUCUAAUUGUAUGCUACAAUGUGGAGAGUUGAGGUUUGGUUCCUUUUCACACGUUGACUUAAAACAAACGGCAUCCAAUGAAACCAGAAGCUUUUUCAUUCCCCCCGCUUUUUUUGUAAACAUUAGUGAGGGGUUUUACUUUGCAGAAUACAUUUAAUGUGUUCGUGUGAUCACUGUUCUUUUUGUAAUAUUUGAUAUGCUGUUAAUGUGUAUAUAUUGUUGCACGUUGUAUUAAACUUAUAUUCUUUUUUCCUAUUA